UUGCCUCCCUCCCCGCCUGCCAGAAGCCGAGUGCGGAAGUGGAGACGGCACUGUGCGGGCUCAGGGUUCCGCCUGUGGACGGCUUACGACAUCCUCCGGCCGACACCGCCUGCUAUCCAUCCAAUUCCAACCGCUUUUGAACAACAGAGACCCGGAGAGAGAUGGCUGGACGGUUGCCGGCGUGCGUUGUCGACUGCGGCACAGGAUACACCAAACUGGGUUACGCAGGGAACACGGAGCCGCAGUUCAUUGUUCCGUCAUGUAUUGCCAUCAAAGAGUCGGCCAAGGUGGGAGACCAGGCCCAGCGGAGGAUGAUGAAGGGGGUGGAUGACUUGGAUUUCUACAUUGGAGAUGAAGCUCUAGACAAGCCCUCGUAUUCCACUAAGUGGCCGAUCCGUCACGGCAUUGUGGAGGACUGGGACCUAAUGGAGCGCUUCAUGGAGCAGAUCAUCUUCAAGUACCUGAGGGCCGAGCCCGAGGACCACUACUUCCUCCUGACAGAGCCUCCUCUGAACACGCCUGAAAACCGAGAGUACACGGCAGAGAUCAUGUUCGAGUCCUUCAACGUGCCCGGGCUGUACAUCGCUGUGCAGGCUGUGCUCGCUCUAGCGGCGUCCUGGACGUCCAGACAGGUGGGCGAGAGGACGCUGACGGGCACCGUCAUCGACAGCGGAGAUGGUGUCACCCACGUCAUCCCUGUGGCUGAAGGCUACGUCAUCGGCAGCUGUAUCAAGCACAUCCCCAUCGCAGGGCGAGACAUCACCUACUUCACCCAGCAGCUGUUGAGGGAGAGGGAGGUGGGCAUCCCGCCGGAGCAAUCGCUGGAGACGGCCAAGGCAGUCAAGGAGCGGUUCAGCUACGUGUGCCCAGAUCUAGUCAAAGAAUUCAGCAAGUACGACACAGACGCCUCCAAGUGGAUGAAGCAGUACACCGGCAUCAACUCCGUCAGCAAGAAGGAGUUCACCAUCGAUGUGGGCUACGAGCGCUUCCUGGGGCCCGAGAUCUUCUUCCACCCAGAGUUUGCCAACCCCGACUUCACCCAGCCCAUCUCUGAGGUGGUGGACGAGGUCAUUCAGAACUGCCCGAUCGACGUCAGGCGUCCUCUUUAUAAGAACGUCGUCCUGUCAGGAGGCUCCACCAUGUUCAGGGACUUUGGUCGCCGGCUGCAAAGAGAUUUAAAGAGAACGGUGGACGCCCGCCUGAAGAUGAGCGAGGAGCUGAGCGGAGGCAAGCUGAAGCCCAAACCAAUCGAUGUUCAAGUCAUCACUCAUCACAUGCAGAGAUACGCAGUGUGGUUCGGUGGAUCGAUGCUGGCAUCCACUCCCGAGUUCUACCAGGUCUGCCACACCAAGAAGGACUACGAAGAGAUCGGGCCGAGCAUCUGUCGCCACAACCCCGUGUUCGGAGUCAUGUCUUAACUUUGGGUCUCCAGAGUCUCAUAGUGUGUGUGGGGGGGGGGGGUGGAGGUGCUUCUGUGCGUUGAGCUAUGGAUGUGAGGGCGAUCCAUAACAUACAAAGGAAAAACAAAGGAGACCAGACCGAGCGCAGACGGGCUGGAGCUUAUCGUGAAUGUCCCUUUUUUUCAGUUCAAACGAGGGAAAUGGUUUGUAGGCCCAAACAGUUUGGAGAACGUUUGUGGGUCUGUUGAGCAACGUGCAGUGAGCGAUGAUUAAAAAGAUGGUGUUGGAGGAGGCACGAUGAGAACAACGGUAACAGUUCAUUCCUGACACCAGAACAUAUUAUUUAUGUUUUAUAACGAGACCCACUGACGACUUUAGAACAAAUUAUCCUCUCCUUUAUUUUACUUUUCCUCCAGCUUGAAAUGCACACGGCUGUGCAUCACGGUAAGAGCUUGUUUAUAUUUCAUACAAAAAGUUUUUUAUAUGUAAAACUUCAGGAGUAAAAAACAAACAAACAUGAUAGAUACCAGUAUCACCAAGAGACUGUUUUAACCCGCGACGCAGCUUUGAUACGCAGUAUUUCCUUUAGUCUGAGUAGGUGUUAUUAUUAAUAUGUCCCCCUUUAAUUCUUCAUACAGUCCACUUGACUCACACGCAGGGAGGGAACACGGAACAGUGAAACCCAAUGAGAACAACUGUUAGAGUAGAAGUCAUUUUCUUUUUCUUAUAUAUAAUUAAAUGCCAAAUUAUGAACAGAAUGGGAAUUGUGUAUUUAAUGCCUUGCAACAUUCCAAUAAAGGCUCCAAUUUGUUUCUAA